AAGGGGUGUGGCUUCAGUUAAAGUAGGCAGGAAUUGUGCUCUCUCUUGUAUAAAACUGGUGAAAGCAGCAGACUGCCUGCCUCAAUUUUUUUAUAUGUACGCCUCUCCCACACUCCUAACUCUCUCCUUCGCACCCCUACUGCUCCUCUACUUGCGCUCUUCGCUAGACAGAAAGGAUGGCCCCUACUCAUGCAUGAACACUGCUUCCUCCGGCCGCAUAUGAACCAGGGAUGAAUAGGGGGCACAUCAGCAGCUCGAAGCUCAUCAACGAGAAGUUCGAGGAACACCGGAUCUCCACCGCGAAGCACUGCCCCCACUGCGGCCAAGAAAUCGACAGCAAACCGAAGGAUUGGGUGGGGCUGCCGGCCGGCGUUAAGUUCGAUCCAACGGAUCAAGAGCUGAUCGAGCACCUCGAGGCGAAAGUGAAGGAAGAAGGCUCGAGAUCUCACCCUCUCAUCGACGGGUUUAUACCCACAAUAGAUGGGGAGGACGGCAUAUGUUACACCCACCCUGAGAAACUUCCAGGUGUGACAAGGGAUGGCCUAAGCAAGCACUUCUUCCACCGGCCAUCCAAAGCCUACACGACGGGCACGAGGAAGAGGAGGAAAAUACAGACGGAAUGCGACGUUCACAAGGGCGAGACGAGAUGGCACAAGACCGGCAAGACGCGGCCGGUGAUGGUGAACGGCCGGCAGAAGGGGUGCAAGAAGAUACUGGUGCUGUACACCAACUUCGGCAAGCAUCGCAAGCCGGAGAAGACAAACUGGGUGAUGCAUCAGUACCACCUCGGCGACCUGGAAGAGGAGAAGGAGGGGGAGCUGGUGGUGUGCAAGAUCUUCUACCAGACACAGCCUAGGCAGUGCAGCUGGUCUUCCGACCGGGGCGCCGCCGCCGCCGCCGUCACGGUGCAGGAGCAGCGCAGGAGGGAUAGUGGCAGCGGUAGCUGCUCAUCGAGGGACCACGAGGUGUCGGCGACAUCGUUCCCGGCCGGAUACACAGUCACCACGGGCGUCGAGAUGCAGCAGCAUUUGAAGCAGCCCGCGGAUCAUUUCAGCUUCGUGCCUUUCAGGAAGAGUUUUGAUCAGGAGGUUGAUAUAGGUGGUGAUCAGGUGCCAUCUAAUCAGCUUGGACGAUCAGAGCAGCAUCAUGCCGGCCAGGACGAGCAGCCACACCGGCCGGUGCUCGCGACGACGGCCUUGCCCGCCACAGCUUUCCUGAUCAGUAGGCCAUCGAACCCCGUCUCGACUAUAGUGCCGCCUGCAAUGCAGCACGCAUCGGUUGUUCUCGAUCAUGACCAGUUCCAUGUGCCAGCAAUCUUUCUCCACCACCAUGACAAAUUUCAGCAUCAGCACCAGCACCAGCAGCAACAGCCACAGACACAGCAAAAGCUUGAUCGCAGGUCUGCCGGCUUGGAAGAACUGAUAAUGGGCUGCACGUCGUCCACAAGCACAAAAGGAGAAACUUCAAUUCCUCACUCCCAAGAGACAGAAUGGCCUUACCCGUACUGGCCACCUGACAACCAAGAUCAUCAUGGAUAGUAGCAACAAGGAUGGUAAAUAGUGGCGAUCAAUACCAAAGAAAACUAACCACGACCGCUUUCAAUACUAAAUAGUAUGGUCCAUGUCUCCUUGAAUACACAGUGUUGCUUUCUUGGGAGAAGAAAAGAGAAAACAGAUCUUUGUAGAUCUCCCCCAACCAAUUGGGAAAGAAAAAAAGAGUGAGGAUCAAAUUAACUGUGAACUCUCAAAGACAGAAGAGACAAAGUGACGAACGAAAAGAAAAGAGGAAAGAUCAAUGGGAGGAAAGGUAUUGUUGUGCUGACAUCAAAAUGGAGCAUAACUCGCCUAAAUGGCUAGAUGCAACCAAUAUUAGUGCACAUUAAUCGAAGUAUAACUAUAAUCAGUUCACGGUUUGUCACAGUUUUUAUUUGUAUUAGAUAUUUUUCAAUUGUAAAAAGUAGUAUUGUUUGCAUGCACAUUAACCUCCCUCUUUUUUGCUUUCUAAGCUGAUACUUAUUUUCCCUUGGUUAAUUCGUGCUCCUAAUGAAUCAUGAAGGAAUAAACUUAGUAAGAAGCUGUUUCCUUUC